CACGGAACAAUCAUUUCAGGGAAUGUCAUAUACUUUACCGAAAGCGUCACUGCACAUGCAGAUCGCUCCCGGAGCCAUUUAUCGACGCAAUUUCUUAAGGCCUGUUCUGUUGCCACUCCAGUACUCACCUUCUGAUGCCAGUCUUUUGCACCUCUCUUUGUUCAAUCGCAAAUUCACCACGCUCUUUAACGGCGCCUUAUUCCUCAAUUUAUCUCUCGAUUUGGUCACUCGUUUGCAACUUAAUUUGAUUCCGUAGUUCAAUAUGCGUUCAAUCUUUAUUUCACAACUCAUCGGUCUCCUGCCUUUGAUAUCUGCCUUCGUUCAUCCCGGGCUCUUGGUUAACAAUGCAGACAUCACUCGCAUAAAGUCGAAGCUUGCUGCACAGCUAGACCCUUGGCAGAGCUCGUGGGUCAAACUCACUGGUCUGGUGUAUUCUCAGUCUACCUAUACAAAUAAUGCUGUGCCGGGCGUCUAUCGUGACACUGCAAACGGUGCUAUAGCAAAUGCUCAGCUCCUCUGGCAUGAUGCCGCCGCAGCCUUUGCCCUCGGAUUGCGUUGGAAAAUCGAGGGCGAUGAACAAUAUGCAAAAGCCGCAGCUGCCAUCCUUGUCGCCUGGGGAGAGACUCUGGAGAACUUUGACAUUGGGGACGACGAAUACCUAACGGCUGGCCUACAAGGUCAUGAGCUGGCCAAUGCUGCCGAGCUGAUCCGGGACUACGCGCCUUUCGCUGAGAGCGAGAUGCAAACUUUUGCCAACAUGUUUUCCAGGACUUUUCUAGCCAAGAACCUAUACUUUCUCAAUCAUAAAGCCCCUUCGGAACACAACGUCCGACAUUUCUUUGCCAAUUGGGAACUUUGCAAUAUGGCUUCAGUUAUGGCCUUUGGAGUACUCACAGACAACUCGACCCUGUUUGAUUUUGCGGUUGAAUAUUUCAAGAAUGGGAUUGGUAAUGGUGCAAUCAACAACUGUAUUACGGACAUUGUUGACGAGCCCGGAACCGGGAAAAAAAUUGGACAAGGCCAAGAAUCUGGUCGCGAUCAAGGCCAUUCGGGAUUGGAUUUCCAGAUGCUUGGCGUCAUUGCACAACAGGCCUGGAACCAAGGCGUGGAUCUGUACAGCUACAAUAACAGUCGUAUUCUUCUCGGAGCUGAAUACUAUGCACGAUAUAACCUAGGCAACGAGGUGCCAUUUGUGCCUUAUACCAAUGGUAUCGUGUCAUAUUCCGAGAUCAGCAGUGCGUCUCGUGGAGCCUAUAGGCCAACGUGGGAGUUACUAUACGCCCAUUACGCCCAGAUCAAAGGAGUCGAUGCGCCUUGGACAGAACAAUACAAGAAUUAUACCGUGAGAUCAAUGGGCGGCUUUGAAGGCGGUGCCGGAUCUUGGGGCGAGGGUUCGGGCCAUUAUGAUGGGCUUGGUUGGGGCUCAUUGCUUUAUCAUCGCGAUACCGAUGAUGUUUCUGAUAUUUCUAGCACGUCCACUACGUCUACCACUCCUGUGCUGCCUACUAGUGCUGCCUCUGCAUCUGCGAGCGAUCUUACACCCAGUCCAUCAUCCUUUAUUAUAUCGACUAUUUCAACUAUUGCUCCCAACAACGAAUCUUCUAUCGGUCACUUUUCUUCAGAUAUUGUGUUUACCGCAGCGACGGAUUCUGUCAUCCUUUUUCCAAGUGACACAAUUCCGAUGGGCGAUGCACAUACGACUCUCAUGACAUCCACUGCUCGCCCUAGCAUCAAAGCUCAUCCACAACGUACUGUAUAUGUUUAUUCCUGUGAAUAGGACUAUCGCGGCUAGGGUAUCUUAACUUUCGUUCAACCACAGCGCGACUACGGGUAGCCUGCGUGAUUAUUUUAACAGGGGAUAUUUAGCCCCGACAGCUCCUUCUGAGCGUUUAGUGAAUACGAUACUUCCUAUUCCAAGUGCCUGCGUCGCUAUUGGGUGGCUUGAGUUCUGCCCCAUCGCUUGAUUGUUAUAUCUAAAUAUUUGAGAUAAAGUCGGGG